AUGAGCGACCGACCAGAACCCCUCAGGCUCGGCUCCAAGGCCCCCAAUUUCAAGGCCGAGACGACCCAAGGACCCAUUGACUUCCACGAGUUUAUCGGCGACAACUGGGUUAUUCUUUUCUCUCACCCUGAGGAUUACACUCCUGUCUGCACAACUGAGCUCGGUGCUUUCGCCAAGUUGGAGCCUGAGUUCAGCCGUCGCGGUGCCAAGCUCAUUGGUCUCUCAGCCAACACAGUAGAAAGUCAUGGAGGCUGGAUCAAGGACAUUGACGAGAUCUCGGGAAGCAGCCUCAAGUUCCCCAUCAUCGGCGACAAGGACAGGCAGGUCGCCUUGGCAUACGACAUGAUCGAUCACCAAGAUGCCACCAACGUCGAUAGCAAGGGAAUCGCCUUUACAAUCCGCUCAGUCUUCAUCAUCGACCCCAAGAAGACCAUCCGCCUCAUCCUUUCUUACCCAGCAAGCACAGGCAGGAACACUGCAGAGGUCCUUCGCGUCUUGGACAGUUUGCAGACUGGUGACAAGCACAAAAUUACUACUCCUAUCAACUGGGUUCCAGGUGAUGACGUUAUCGUCCACCCCUCUGUUAAGACCGAGGACGCCAAGACCAUGUUCCCUGAUAUCAGAAUUGUUAAGCCUUACCUGCGCUUUACUCCUCUUCCGAAAGAGAAGACGACUGCGGCAUAG